AUGUCAGCCAUAUUGAAGUACGAACCUAUCCGUCAUGCAGCUUCCGGCUCUUCAGAGUCCCUACCUCUCGACGAGGUCGAGAAGCAGAAUCUCUUUGAUGAGCGGCCUAAAUCAGGGUCUUAUGCGGAGGAAUUGCGUUCCAAAAUACGGGUUUCCGGCUCCUGGGUCUUGAGCGGACUCCUCGCCAUCUCCAAUCUGGCCCUUCUUGUUGCAUUCGUGCAUCAAAGGCUAGGGAUAGACAGCAGAGCAACGAAACACUGGCUCCCACCCGAGAUCUCGCGUACCUCCUUGUUUGAGUUUCAAACAUUGUUUGGGGCACCUUUGAACAACGAAUCGGAAUAUGCGUGGAACAAGUUGAUGCCAGUCGGUCGCGGGUUUGUCAUCGUCAAGAACGAAACUGUUCUUCCGGAGCAGCCGGGCUUGAAUCAGUCCAUUUCCGAACAAAAGGCAAUGGUGGCCGUGUUCCAUCAACUUCACUGCCUGUACAUGGCUCGAGAGGGUUUCUACAGUGCCGUCGAAGGCAACGUAAACAAGGUCAGCAGUGCUCACUUGACUCACUGUUUUGACUACCUGCGGCAGACUAUCAUGUGUUUCGGAGACACCACGCUUGAAUGGCUUCCGGCUCCUCCAAAUGAUAUCGGAAGCACGGGAUGGGGAUUUGAACACACGUGUCGCGACUACGGCGCAAUUGCGGAAUGGGCAGAGCAGAAUCGGUUGAAGACAACUUUCGGAAUCCAUUGA